AUGUCCAAGGUUAUUCUCAUAUUGGGCGGAGCCGGAGCCCAAAACUCCGCCGUGGCCCGAGAGCUAGCCAAGAACGAAUCCUUCCAAAUCAAGCUCCUUUCCCGACUUGCCAAGUCAGAGGACAAUGUCGCUCUCGCAAGCAAUCCUCGCAUUACAGUGAUCGAAGGAAAUUGCUAUGAUGAGGACACUCUCGUCUCGGCCUUUGAAGGCGUCAACGCCGUGUUCGUAAACACCAAUGGGUUUGCCAUCGGCGAAAAGGCAGAGGUCUUCUGGGGUAUUCGCAUGUAUGAGAUUGCCUACUGGGCUGGCGUCGAACACUUUGUCUACAGCUCUCUGCCGUAUGUGUCGAAGAAGUCUGGCUUUAACCCCAAGUACCGCGUCCCAUUUGUGGACGGCAAGGCCAAGGUUGUUGACUAUCUGAAGGCUCAGCCCACUGACAAGAUGAAUUGGAGUGCAAUCGAAAGCGGCCCCUAUCCCGAGUCUCACCUUGCCACAUGGUUUCCUACGAAAGAUGACAAUGGUGUCUACAUCUUCCGCAUGCCAAUCGAGGCUGAGGGCGCCAUGGCAAUGGUGGGACUGGCCGACUUUGCGUGGUUCACCCGCUACAUGUUUGAACACCCCAAGGAGUUUGAAGCUGACCUGCUCAGCGUUGGUAUCGACCACGUAAGUGGCAAUGCCAUUGCCUCAGCAUUCACCGCCGUGACGGGAAAGGCCGCUAGAUUUGAGCCGCUCCCACUCUCGGAGGUGGCCAAGACGUGGCCUGAUACCAAGAUUGGUCUGGCUGGAUCCCCGGGCUACGAUGACCCGACUCUGAAGACAAUGGCUGGCCACUUUGUGCCGUGGUUCACCAUUUGGCAGGAGAGCGGUGGCAACAAGGGUCUUUGGGCUAAGGACUAUGAGCGAUUGGAUAAGAUCCAUCCUGGCCGCAUUAGGACCAUUGAGGAGUGGAUGAGGUCGGUUGGCUACUCUGCUGAAGGCUACCCCAGUGCCCUUAAGACCGGCCUUUUCGGCUAA